UCUCAACAACAUCCCCCUCUCCCCCUUCCGGAACCGCCCAAAGAAGGAGAAACAACAACAACACUAAGCGUCGGCGGUGAAGGUGUCAAGUUAGAUCACCUCGGUCCCCUAGUCGUCAACCAGGACGGCACCAUGAGCCGCAUCUCAAACUGGACCAAGAUGAGUGCCAUUGAACGGGAGAACACCCUAAGGAUCCUGGGGAAACGAAACCAGUCGCGGCUUACGAAGUUGAGAGAA